AUGGCGGAGAAAGUGAUGGUGAGCAUAAGGGAGUCAACAAUGGUGAGGCCAGCCGAGGAGUCUACGCCAUGGGACUCCCUGUGGCUCUCCAAUUCAGACCUAGCGUUCCCACCCUUUCACACGUCUAGUGUUUACUUUUACAGACCUAGUGGUGAGCACAACUUUUUUGACAAGGGGGUGCUCAAGCAGGCCCUCGGCAAGGCCCUUGUGCCCUUCUAUCCCAUGGCCGGUCGCUUCAAGCUCAACGACCAGAACGGCCGUGUGGAGAUUGAUUGCAAUGCGGAGGGAGUGGUCUUUGUUGUAGCGGAGAGCAGCUCUGCUGUUGAUGAUUUUGGUGAUUUUGCGCCUACUCCCGAUUUCCUGACACUAAUCCCCACAACUGAUUACUCUGGUGGGAUAUCCUCAUAUCCGAUUUUGGUGUUACAGGUAUUUUAA